UGCGCCCACCGGACCAUCAUUGCGCAAUCGCAAGCCAAACCGAAUCGACGCAGUUUUGUGAAGUUGUUGUUGUUUGUUUGUUGGUCGGUGAAGAAUGAAGUCGCUGUUGGUGUUUGUUGCGGCCAUUUUGGUCACCGUGUCCGCUGCUCCGUACCAGUUGAUCCUGGUGGAUGAGGCCGAUCUUCCGUUUGCCCCGAUCCGUGUGGUCCGUAAUGCUCCCGGCGGUGGGCUAAGCGGCAGUGCGGCCAACGCUGGCGCUCAGUCGUUCAACCAGGGAGGUUUCGGUGGCGGUUUCCCCGGCCAUGGUGGUGGCUUUGGAGGACUUUCCGGCUCGGCCGCUAAUGCUGGUGCUCAGUCGUUCACGCAGGGUGGUGGCGGUGGACACGGAGGAUUCCCCGGUGGAUUCGGUGGACUGUCGGGUUCGGCCGCCAACGCCGGUAGCCAGUCGUUCACGCAGGGCGGUGGUGGUCACGGAGGCUUCGGAGGGCUCUCUGGAUCGGCUGCCAACGCUGGAACUCAGUCCUUCACCCAGGGCGGCGGUGGUCAUGGAGGUUUCGGAGGUCUCUCUGGAUCGGCUGCCAACGCCGGUGCGCAAUCGUUCAACCAGGGUGGUGGCGGUGGACACGGUGGAUUCCCCGGAUUCGGUGGAUUCUCUGGAUCGGCCGCUAACGCUGCGUCGCAGUCCUUCACGCAGGGCGGUGGCCACGGAGGGCACGGUGGAUUCGGUGGGCUCGCUGGAUCGGCUGCCAAUGCUGGAGCCCAGUCGGUGGUAGCUCACUAAACCAGAGAGAGAGAGAGAGAGAGAGAGAGAGAGACAGAGAGUAAGAGAUCAAUAGCAUAACAAAUCAACGCAAAACGAAGCAGUACAAAAGCGAAUAGGGAGGCCAAAAGACAACGAAAAAGUACAUUGUAUACCCACACACAUCAUUCACCGACUCCCAUCCCGAUACGCGGCGGAGUUUUCCUUUGUGAUAUUGAGUAGCUUCAUCAAUCCAACAUCUCAUGGCUUAGAAUGAACAUCGAAUGCAGCUUAUUUCCCUUAAAUAAAUCAAUGUUAAAACGAAACAAAAA